AAAGAAAAUGGCCGCCAUCGGGGCUUCCACACGCCUGCUAGGACCUUGCCGGGCUGUGCGUCACGUCCGGCGGAGACGAUGGCUGUGGUGCGGACCAGGGGCUGAGCGGAGCGGAACGGCAUGGAGGGCGGGCGGGCGCCCGCCUGCACCACGCAGGUCAGCUUCGUGUGCCAGCGCUGCAGCCAGCCGCUGAAGCUCGAUACCUCCUUCAAGAUCCUCGACCGGCUCACCAUCCAGGAGCUCACCGCGCCGCUGCUGACCGCUGCGCCUGCCCGGCCCGGGGAUGCGCAGGAGGAGAGCGCCCUGAGCGAGGAGGCCUUCGCGGAGGGUCGGCAGGACGGCGUCUCCAGGAGGUUCAUCCCGCCAGCCAGAAUGAUGUCAACGGAAAGCGCCAACAGCUUCACGCUGAUUGGAGAGGCAUCAGAUGGAGGCACGAUGGAAAACCUCAGCAGAAGACUGAAGGUUACUGGUGAUCUCUUUGAUAUCAUGUCUGGGCAGACGGAUGUGGAUCACCCCCUGUGUGAGGAGUGCACAGAUACUCUGCUAGACCAGCUAGACACACAGCUUAAUAUCACAGAGAAUGAAUGCCAGAACUACAAGAGAUGUCUGGAGAUACUGGAAAAAAUGAACGAGGAUGAUAAGGAGAAACUGCAGACAGAACUGAAAGAACUUGCACUGGAAGAAGAGCAACUGAUUCAGGAGCUAGAAGAUGUUGAGAAGAACCGCAAGGUUGUGGCUGAAGACUUUGAAAGAGUCAGGGCAGAGGCGGAGCGACUGGAGCAGGAAGAAGCUCAGUAUCAGAAAGAAUACUGUGAAUUUAAGAGACAACAACUGGAGCUAGAUGAUGAGCUGAAAAGUGUGGAGAACCAAAUGCGUUAUGCUCAGAUGCAACUGGAUAAAUUAAAGAAAACUAAUGUGUUCAAUGCAACUUUCCACAUCUGGCACAGUGGUCAGUUUGGCACAAUAAAUAACUUCAGACUUGGCCGUCUCCCCAGUGUUCCUGUAGAAUGGAAUGAGAUCAAUGCAGCCUGGGGGCAGACUGUGCUGUUACUGCAUGCCCUUGCUAACAAAAUGGGCCUGAAGUUUCAAAGAUACCGCCUUGUACCGUAUGGCAACCACUCGUAUUUAGAGUCCCUCACAGACAAAUCGAAGGAGCUACCCUUGUAUUGUUCUGGAGGCCUAAGGUUCUUCUGGGACAAUAAAUUUGACCAUGCGAUGGUGGCUUUCUUGGACUGUGUGCAGCAGUUUAAAGAGGAAGUGGAAAAAGGUGAAACUCGGUUUUGUUUGCCUUAUAGGAUGGACGUGGAGAAAGGAAAGAUUGAAGAUACAGGUGGCAGCGGUGGUUCUUACUCUAUUAAAACACAAUUUAACUCUGAGGAGCAAUGGACAAAAGCACUAAAAUUCAUGCUAACUAACCUGAAGUGGGGUCUUGCCUGGGUCUCAUCCCAAUUCUAUAACAAAUAACCAUGUCAAGGCAACUGUAAAGCAUCUGCAUUUUAUUGGAGAAACUCAAAUUAAGAAGUCUCUGAAUACUAACCAGUACAAAAUGUUUACAAUACCUAAAAUUCACAAGACACUUUAUUUAAAAAAUUAAAAAAAAAAAACGUUAUUGCAAGUAGUAUGUAGAAAAGCAAUAGGUAAAAUUAUAUAAUUGAGCUGAACUGAAUUUGAAAAAAAAUCAGCUACUGAAUAGACAUUAAACUGGCAUUUUGGAUGUUUAUAGAUAUGUAUAUAAGUUACUGUCAAACUUCAAAAUGCCAGCGAGUUUGAUACUACUGUUACAGCUUAACAAAACAGGGGUUAGAAAAAUGAAAUGUUUCUAACAGGGACUACUGUGGAAAAACGCAUGGAAGGUCUGUUUGGUCACUGAAGAAGUACAGCUUAAAAUAAAUAUUUUCUAAGUCAUAUCUACAUUUCUUUUUGCCACUGAACUUUACAAGGGUUUGAAACUGCAAAAUACCGUUACUACAGUGAUAUCACUUAUUUGUAAUACUUGCUGUAGCGUGUUACUGCACAGAGGUGCACUGAGUAACACCAAAGAUAAAACAGCCCGUUCUACCCUGAGAUUGCUUUCAUUUAACACUAGUCACAGCCUAAGCAUCCCUCAGCACUUAUGCAGCUAUGCUGAACAGGCACCUGCUGCCUUGACAACUGCACUCAGCUUUCAAAACAGGUGAGAGUUUUUCUUUCCACAACACUGCUCAGCUAGCUGGCUUGCUGAAGGCAAGAGCAAACAAGCCUCUGACCACUGGCAAAGGGAAAACUGACAAGCAGCCUGGCUGCAGCAAGCUGUCUGAAACAACAGUUAGUUUUUGAACCAGCAGCACAGUACAGCCCGGUUUGUAAUAACUGAGCUUGUGAACUUGUAGCAAUACUGAUGACCAAGCUGAAUAACAUUCACAUUAAUGCUUUUUCAAAUUAAGACUCCUUACAGUUUUCAAACAAAACGUAUUCAGUAAGUUAAAUGUAGCUCUUAAAAUAAAGCUUUUGGAGCUGAAAAAGGUGUUCUAAACA